UUCACUUCAGGCCUAUUUCUUCCCUCUUGACGGCUCCCCUGUGCCACUUGUUGCCCCCGCUUCAUAUCUGCUUUUUUUCCCCCCUCAAACCUUAUGUGAUGGCUGGACUUACGGAGGCCUUCCAGGCUGGGUAUGACUGACGCCUUCAUUAUUCCCAUUGGUGCGUUCAUCUCCAAUGCCCUCCACCCUGUGUGGAGAGCGUUAGAGUCGAUUGGUUUCGGAGUGCCACGCGAGGAGCGGGGCCCUUCUUUCCCUGAGCUCAUGGGGGAGUCGAGCACCACACAGCUGGCUGUGAAACAGCUGAAACGGUUGUUCGUGGAGGCCCUGCAGGCCGACGACGCCCAUGAGGUGAUGCAGAUUCUGCACGCUGGGAAACUAGACGUUGACACCGUGCUAGAGGUGGAGGACCCCAACAUGGUGCUGGCCUCAUACAAACAAGGCUACUGGCUCCCAGGCUACAAACUGGAGACGUCCUGGGCCAACGGUAUUCACGUGUGCGUGAUGUACAACGCGCUGGAAACGGCACUGGUGCUCCUCCAGAAUGGCGCGGCCGUCAACCGGACACCCAACGGCAUGACGCCGCUGCACGUGGCCUGCGAGCUCUCCAACGGGGGCUGCGUGGCCCUGCUCCUGGCUCACGGGGCCAAGGUCAACAGCGUGUCGCUGAGCGGACACACGCCCCUGCACUACUGCAUCAGCAGGGAGUCCCUGGACUGCGCCAAGCAGCUUAUCCUCAAAGGUGCCAAUGUUGACACCGCCAGCCGGAACAACGAGGAGGACACGCCUUUACACGCGGCAGCCCGAUUUGGCGUUCCGGAGCUGGUGGCUCUCUACGUGGAGCGCGGAGCCUCCGUGGAUGCGGUCAACUCGCUCCAGGAGACGCCCCUGAUGACUGCGUGCUUCUGGGCUUUCGACUGCAAAGAGCAGAACUACAGCCAAGAUCACCAUCUAGUCUGUCGCCUCCUGCUGGACCACGGGGCAGAUCCCAACCUCAGAGAAGAGGACAACAAAACGGCUCUUCACAAAGCGGCCUGGAACUGCGACCACGUGCUGAUGCAGAUGCUGCUGGAGGCUGGAGCGGACACCCAGGCGAUGGACAUCAACGGCUGUGCCCCGAUCCAGUACGUCCUCAAAGUGACUGGGGUCCGCCCCAUGGCCAUCCCGGAGCUCUGCUACCAGCUGCUGCUCAACCACAACGCGCCACGGGUCUACCCGCCCCAGUUCCACAAGGUGUUGCAGGCCUGCUGCGACUACCCUGCAGCGGUGGAGAUAAUGGUCAACUCGUAUGAACACUUGAAGCCCACAAAAAAGUGGAGAGCCGCCAUUCCUGACGACUGCUACGAGCGACACAGAGACUUCUACGACGCGCUGUUCGCCGUGUGCGCCGACGCUCCUCGAAGCCUGCUGCACCUGAGCAGGUGCGCCAUCAGAGCCGGCCUGGGCGGGUUCUGCCACACGGGUGUGGCACAGCUGCCUCUGCCGUUUCCCAUGAAGAAGUAUCUACUGCUGGAACCCGAGGGGAUAUUAUACUGAUGACGCCAUUUGUUUCCUGUCUGUUGACUAUAGAAAAGCAAACAUUCUGCAAGGUGGAGCUGGUACUAACAAGUGUGUCUCUUUAUAUUUUGGCUCAUCAUUCCUACAGAGGACUUUGUCUGGAACACACAGAAAUCCCCCUUUGACAGUGCGGAAAGAAAAUGAUUGCAACUUGUCUUUUCCCCGAGUAGAACUGGCGCAACUCGUGAUCUCACGACUACGUGGCGGCUCAUGAAGUGGCAAUCCACCUAUGGAAAAAAAUCAACUAAAGGGAAGGAAAAAUGAGAAUAUUUGUUGACUGGGUCACAUGGAAGCACCAUCGAUCCAUAAAACGUUCUGUAUUUCUCAUCAGAAGAGGAACUGAGUGUCAAGUAAAUACAAUUAGUCCCGUCUCUCCAUCACAGCGUUAGCACAUACUUCAGAGAAUCCCCAUCUCCCUGGCAGCCAGCCUUAAUGCUUCCUCUCAGGCUAAUGCGCUAAUGAUACCCCCCCUUCAUUUGCUGAACAAACACUUGACAAAGCCCUCCACAACCAGUGCUUUAUUCCAGUUAUUCCGGUUGGCUGCACAUGAAGUCAUGUAUAUUGACCUUUUUUUUUUCUCAGCCAGAAGUAGAAUGAGGAAUUCUCACAUCGCUCAGAGUAUAUGAAGAGAAUAUGAUAUUCAGGGCAGUGAAAUAGCAACAAAUUUGUUUUGUAAAGCUACAGUGUAAUAAUGCACAGCGGUUUGUGCUGUUAUAUAAACUGUUCUUUGUUGA